UACAUCUCUAGUAAUUCGCACAUGUUUGAUAAAAUGUUCGGAGCUGGGGAUAUGCUUAAGGCGAUUGCGGAAACAAAUAGAAAAUACCGAAAUGUUUACCUCAGCGCCGUGGACCGAGUGCAAGAAUCUAACGCGGCGUCACAAGCACAAUCGAUUAACUUCUUGCUUUCAAAAACUAAGACUAGAUCAGUCGGACUGCGUUUCUUGAUUGAAUACCUCAACCAAUGUCCAAAAAAUGUUCUAGAAAAGAAAGCGAAUAUUUGGCUGACUAUCUUAAUUAGAGCCUGCAAUACAAAUGAAGUCAGCUUAUACGGCGAACUUAUCUACGAAGCUUUGGCACUGCUUGUUUUUCAAAUUCAAAUUGUACCAGAAAUUGCGAAAUGGUUUGGUGCUACCUAUCUAGGAAAGCUUUACGAAAGCUUCGCUAUUUUGGAAAAACAGAUAGGCAAAACAGCAUGUACUGUGGCUGCACUCAAGGCAAUACAACAAUGUUUGAAAUACUAUCCUGGACCUAGUAAAUCUGGAAAGCCUUUAAUUGUGCGGUACCUCUUAGCAUUAGUUGACAGCAGUGAUCCAGAAGUAGUGUAUAAAUGCGGCAAUUGCUGGCUGCUAUUACAACAAGUACGCGGGAGCAACGAGGGAAAUUUUAACUCUAAGACCCAAUGGCAAGAUUACCAACUAGGCUUAUUGGGCAGUCUCAAUGCUCUCCUAAUCGAUGUAUUUCGCAAUCAUAAAAGUGAUUAUAUUACGAUGGAUACAAGCAACAAAUUGGAAUAUUUUACUGUGGAAUUACAAGGAGAUCCAAUUGAAAGGGUGGCUCGAGUUUGCAGACGGUUCUACAAUCUAAUUGACUUCCUAAAGAUUGCGUUAAGCCAACCAUAUCCAUCAACUAAACUAAUACGGCCCACAAAAAUUUUGGAUUUUAUUCAAAAUGGACUAGGAUUGAGGGACAAAAUUGAUGUGAGCAAUCAAAGUAUGGAUAAUGUCUGUUUAAGAAACGUUUUGCCCACAUUGCAUACAAAACUUUUCGAAUUACUGGAAGUAUUGAUUGAUAUCUGCCACACUCACCUCAGGAUGCAUUUUAGACUAAUAACAAGUAUUCUACUGGAGUCACUAAAUAAGACAAAAUGGUCAUCAGCCGGAUUUCAAAUUGAGUUUUGUAAUUUGCGAAUGCAGAUGCACAAAGUAACAAUGUUGUGGAUUUCUACACUUGGCGAAGGAAGCGGGUGCGAUUUAAUUGCAGAUCGGCUUGUCAGAGAUAUUUUGGAAGAUGUGAUGAUACGUAGAACAGAUAUAUAUUUACUGUCCGCAGCACAGUCGAAAAAUAUACCUCAAAAGAAAGGUAAAAGAAGCCAUUCUUUAAUAUCUGAGCCAUCUAUUCAAGGCGAACAUAUAACAAAUAAGGGCAGAGUGGCUCUUUGUAUGGAAGCUUUUCUGUGUCUGCAGGCAGUUCUUGAUUCAGUUGGUUAUUUAUUAAAGUCACCACUUCUAAAUUUGAUACUCAACACUAUAUUGGAAAUUGCUGUUCAAAUGUCUGAAAAGCGGCUGAUGAUGCAAAAUCCUUAUGAUGACUGGUCCUGUCGGCUUGAAAUAUAUAAAACGUUAUUCAGAUUCAUAAAAUUGAGAAAUAUUUCCAGCUCUUCUCCAAGGAAUAUUAUUCUGUACAUACUAGAUGAAGCUUACAAAACAGAUCCAAGCUCAGACAUACGUAUUUGUUGUAAAUCUAUGAUCGCUUCAGUCGAAAAAACUAUUCAUCCUGAAAGAGAAAGCUUAACGUUAAAGAGGGAACAACAAAGUAAUACAAAUAUAAAUACGAGCUCGAAACAAAAUGUAAUUGAAGAAAAUCAAAUUGUUAUUGAAGAAAAUCCAAUUGUGAUGGAGGAAAAUCCAAUCGACGCUCAACAAAUCAAACACAAUUACAAAAAUGGACAAAUAAAUAGCGAAAUAAGUCCUCCUUCUAUGCACUAUUCAAAUGAGGAAAUUCCGAGUAUGAGUAUUGGUGAAAGAGAGCUCAUGCCGCCAGCGAUACAACAAAAGAAAUUUCAAAAUACCAAGAAAAAUAAAAAUAUGCCGGAAAAAUCGGCAAUCAAUGAUACAUUACUAAAUGCUCAUGAAGAUGACAAAAAAAUUGAUGUGCUUCCGAAUCUUAUUUCAGACGAUUCUCGGCAGUUCAUCACAGUUGACUUAAAUCCUAAUAAUGACAUCUGCACUAAAAGCCAAGAUGAUAAAUACAUUGCAGAGUUAAAUGCAGCAUUUGUUGAUGAACUUAAAUAAAAAUAUAAAUACACCAUCA